AUGUUGAACAGGUCUCCCUCGGGUACCGCAUUCGACCACGAAAAUGGGAAAUUAACCCACACAUACCCCCAAUGCAUUAUCUCGCCCUCCUCUUCUCAUACCAGAUCUACUCCCAAUUCUUACAAACCCGACCAUGAAUCCACCCGACUGACGAAUUCCCUUAAAAACAGAGGCAAGGGCACUCCCCGCCGCAAGGUCAAGAAGGUCCACAAGUCCUCCGGCGCCGACGACAAGAAGCUCCAGGCUACCCUGAAGAAGAUGAACGUCCAGCCCAUCCAGGCCAUCGAGGAGGUCAACAUGUUCAAGGAAGACGGAAACGUCAUCCACUUCGGUGCUCCCAAGGUCCACGCCUCUGUCCCCUCCAACACCUUCGCUCUCUACGGUAACGGCGAAGAGAAGGAACUCACCGAGCUCGUCCCCGGUAUCCUGAACCAGCUUGGCCCCGACAGCCUCGCCUCCCUCCGCAAGCUCGCCGAGAGCUACCAGAACAUGCAGAAGAACCAGGCCGGUGCCGAGGGCAAGAAGGAUGAUGAUGAGGAUGAUAUCCCUGAUCUGGUUGAGGGCGAGAACUUCGAGAGCAAUGUCGAGUAA